UGGGUUUAUAAUCAAGAAUGCUAUUUCCAUUGAUACUAGUUCCUACCCGCGCAAACGAUGAUGGAACUCCUUCGUUCAUCUUGUUCCGGCAUCUCUGCGAUGGCGACUUCCGAAUCAAAACCCGACGAUCGGUCUAUUUCGUUGCCGGAAUCUGAAUCGCAGCUCUCAGUUCUGGUCUACGAUAUAUCACAACAGGCCCAAGGUGCUAUGGAGAACAUGCUUAGAAUGAUCAGUGAAAUUGAUCGAACACUGCUGGAAUAUUUGAAGACAUGGAAAAGUGCAGGCGUUCUGCUCUCGAGAGUCCUAGAGGAAGAGAAACAACAAUUUCAACAAGCUGCUUACACUGUUUUAGACAUGCUCAACAACGGAGGGGGAACGCUAUACCUGUACAAAUAUAUAAUUGGCCAUCAGGAGAAACUGAGAAUAGCAACAAGUUUUAGUGGCUGGGGAUAUCUUCCAGACAUUCUUCUGUUACAUGGUGAAGGGAAAAAGUUCUUUUACCAAUUGAACGAUGAGAUCUUCAGAGAUCCCCUUGAAUAAGUAUGCACUCUCAACUGUUUGUCCGAAAAGGUGC